CAAGGUUUACCUCGAGUCAUCGGAUUGUUCCUUCGUCGCAUUUAUCCCGCUCAAAACCCACGUCUGCUCAAGCUCUGACCCUUUCUUCCUACUCGCAAGAGCUCAUAUUGUGGCAUUCUGCCGAUAGAAAUUGCAGCCAUGCCGUUUCCUCCGCAUGAUCUGUCUGCACCGUUCAACUUUGCCAAGGAGGAGGAAAAGGUUCUCGAGUACUGGCGCGAGAUUGAUGCCUUUCAGACUAGCUUGAAGCUUUCCGAGGGCAGGCCAGAGUUCUCCUUCUACGACGGCCCGCCAUUUGCGACCGGUCUUCCACACUACGGUCAUCUGCUUGCGGGUACCAUCAAAGACAUCGUAACAAGACACGCACAUGCGAGCGGAUUCCAUGUCACUCGCCGAUUCGGAUGGGAUACACACGGGUUACCCGUCGAGCACGAGAUCGACAAGAAGCUGGGCAUUACCGGGCGCGAAGACGUGAUGAAGAUGGGCAUCGCCGCCUACAACGCCGAGUGCCGCGCUAUCGUCAUGCGGUACGCGUCCGAAUGGCGGCGCACCGUCGAGCGCAUAGGCCGCUGGAUCGAUUUCGACAACGACUACAAGACGCUCAACACGACCUUCAUGGAGAGCGUGUGGUGGGCGUUCAGCGAGCUAUACAAGAAGGACAUGGUCUACCGCGGGCUCAAGGUCAUGCCGUACUCGACCGGCUGCCUCACGCCGCUGUCCAACUUCGAGGCGGGCCUGAACUACAAAGACGUGAGCGACCCGGCGAUCACCGUCGCGUUCCCGCUCGUGGAUGACAGGAAGACAUCGCUGCUCGCGUGGACGACCACGCCAUGGACGCUUCCGUCCAACCUCGCGCUGUGCGUGCACCCGGAUUACACUUACGUCAAGAUCCACGAUGAGGCGCGUGAUCAGAACUUCAUCCUGCACGAGGGUUUGCUUCGCACGCUGUACAAGGAUCCGAAGAAGGCCAAGUUCAAGAAACUCAGCACCUUCAAGGGCUCGGACAUGAAAGGCUGGCGAUACGUCCCCCUUUUCGAGUACUUCACUGAGCAGUACGAGGACAGGGCAUUCCGUGUUCUCACUGACACUUAUGUUACCGACGAAGAUGGUACUGGUAUCGUCCAUCAAGCGCCCGCAUUUGGUGAGGACGAUCACCGCAUUGCGAUCGCGAACGGCAUGCUUCGUGUGGAGGAGAUGCCUCCCUGCCCAAUUGAUGAUACUGGCCGCUUCACACAGGAGGUGCCGGACUUUGCGGGCAUGUAUGUCAAAGCUGCGGACAAGGAGAUCCAGAAGGUGUUGAAAGCUAAAGGCCGCUUGAUCGUGCAGUCGACGCUCACGCACUCGUAUCCUUUCUGUUGGAGAUCAAAUACACCACUCAUUUACCGUGCCAUCCCCUCGUGGUUCGUGCGCGUGACGCCCAUCGUCGACCAACUAGUGGCGAACAACAAGCAAACAAGAUGGGUACCGCAGAACGUCGGCGACGGCCGUUUCGCCAACUGGCUCGCGAACGCACGCGACUGGAAUGUCUCGCGGAAUCGCUACUGGGGCACGCCUAUCCCGCUAUGGGCGAGUGAGGACAUGGAGGAGAUAGUCUGCGUGGGUUCCGUUGAGGAGCUCGAACGGCUCUCGGGCGUCACUGGCCUCACUGAUCUGCACCGGGAAAAGAUCGACCAUAUCACUAUCCCAUCGAAAAAAGGGAAAGGCCAACUGAAGCGUGUCGAGGAGGUAUUUGACUGCUGGUUCGAGUCUGGCAGUAUGCCGUAUGCGCAAAUCCACUAUCCGUUCGAGAACAAGGAGAAGUUCCAGAACACGUUCCCUGCUGACUUCGUCUCUGAGGGUAUCGAUCAGACCCGUGGCUGGUUCUACACGUUGCUGGUGCUGUCGACACAUUUGUUCGGCACGGCACCAUGGAAGAACCUCAUUGUCUAUGGUCUGGUGCUUGCAGCUGACGGCAAGAAGAUGAGCAAAAGUCUGAAAAACUACCCUGAUCCCAAUGUUAUCAUUGACCUUUACGGUGCGGACGCGACCAGAAUGUUCCUCGUCAACUCGCCCAUUGUCCGCGGAGACAACCUCCGCUUCCGGGAAGAGGGCGUCCGCGAAGUCGUCUCGCGCGUGCUCCUCCCCUGGUUGAACGCCCUGCGCUUCUUCCUCGGGCAAGCCGCAUUGCUCAAGAAAACCUCGGGCGUGGAGUUCAUGUACGCCGCGCACGCGCCCGUGUCGUCGAACGUCAUGGACCGCUGGAUCCUCGCGCGUUGCCAGUCACUUAUCCGCCUCGUGAGCGAGGAGAUGGCCGCGUACCGCCUAUACACGAUCAUACCCCGUCUGCUCGAUCUCAUCGACGAGCUGACAAAUUGGUACAUUCGCUUCAACCGAAGACGAUUAAAGGGCGAGGAUGGCGUUGAGGAUACCGUAGCGGCAUUGAACACCCUCUUUGAGACGUUGUUCACGCUCUGCAGGACAAUGUCAUCGUACACACCAUUCGUCACAGAAAACAUGUAUCAAGCUCUCCGGCCGUUCAUCCCAGAUAAUCCCAAAGCGAGCGAUACCCGCUCCGUGCAUUUCCUGCCUUUCCCAGAGGUGAAGGAAGAAUACUUCGAUGCGACGAUCGAGCGCCAGGUCGAGCGAUUACAGACAGUCAUUGAACUCACGCGCAACAUCCGUGAGCGGCAUAACCUCUCGCUAAAGACACCGUUACGCGAGCUGCUCGUGUUCCACGCCGAGGAGGAGUUCUUGGAGGACGCUCGUGGGCUGCAACGGUACAUUCAGUCCGAGCUGAAUGUCCGGGACAUCAUCUUCACCUCGGACGAGGACAUGGCCGGCGUUCGCUAUCGCGCGGUGGCUGACUGGGCGACUUUGGGCAAGAAGCUGCGCAAGGACAUAACUCGCGUGAAGGCCGCGCUCCCGAACCUGUCGAGUGACGAUGUGCGCAAGUACGUCCAGACGGGCAAAAUCACCGUCGACGGCAUUGCCCUUGUCAGUGGCGAUCUGGCCGUGCAGCGGUACAUCGACCUGCCAGAGCCGGUGGAAGGCCAGGCGCAGUAUGCGACGCACACCGACACCGAUGUCGUUAUACGCCUCGACAUCCAGGUGCACAAAGAACUGCAGAGCGAGUGGUUGACGCGGGAGCUCAUCAAUCGCAUUCAAAAGCUGCGCAAGCGGGCAGGUCUGCAGGCGACGGACGAUGUGGAUGUGUUCUAUGCCUUCGAGGAGGGCUCCGGCGAGGAGCUGCUCCAAGCGAUGCGCGAAUACUCUGAUUUGAUCCAAAAGACGGUGCGAAGUGUGCCGAAGGACGUUUCCGAGCGGAAACCGGAGCAAAAGAUCUUGAUUGAGGAGGAGCAGGAGAUUGCUGACGUAAAGUUCGUGCUGUCCCUAGCGUGGCGAUAGAGGUUAGAUAUCAGCUAUAUGAUAUACAUGAAGACAGUGGGAUGUAGUACAUUGGUGUGCGUGUAGAAUACAGCUUGCUUUCGUGACUGGACCAUGCCGUUCAUUU